AUGCUGGUCAUCAUGGCCUCGCUGGAUGGAAGCACGUCGGUUGAGACGCUUCUGGCAGCGAUCCAUCUGGAGAGGUACCUGGACACCUUCUGCAGAGCUGGUCUCCUUUUGGCCAGAGACUUCACUCACCUGGACAAUGAUGCCUUGGUCAGCCUAGGCGUAACCGCCACUGGACACAGGAAGAGAAUAUUGCGACUGGUCAGCCACAUCCAAAGGGUGGAGAGUCAGCGUGCCAGUAAGAACGUAGAUCUCCUGUUUGAAAACCAUCUAUCGGUGACAGAGCGAGGUGGCAGCUCUGCAGCCAAGCUGAUGAACUCCAGCGGUCAGAGGGCGCUGCUGAAGCCCGUUCCCAAACCUCGAACUGUGUUUAAUCGCCGCAGGACGGCGCCUGUUCAUUUCUGCCCUACACCUGAACCAGCACAGUCCAUACCCAGGAGGCUAUCCCAGGAAUCCAUCUGCUUCACCUUGGUGGAAAGUCUUAACUCAGAGGCCAUGCCCACUCCUAGUCAAACCUCAGAGGAUUUGUCUAGCCCAGGUUCAGCCUCAGAGAUGCUGUCAAGUUGUGAUUUAACCUCAGAAGCCAUGCCCACUCCUGGUGACAUCCGGAGACCAAGCCAGACGGGCAGAACCAGGCCCAGCCGCAGCCUGUCUCUGUCAGAUGCUGGAGGAGUGGUACCUCCUGUCCCCCCAAGACUGACCCGUAUUGCCUCCACCUCAGUGACCCCACUCUCUUUGUCUGCGACCCCGCUUUCCUCUUCUGUACAAACAGAACUGAGACGACCCACAUCUUCGCUGUCUUCUAGUCCCGGUAGUCUAGACAGAACCAGGCUCUCUGGAUCUCCAGGUUCUCCAAGUGGAUGCAGAAUGGAGAUGGUCUCUAACGAUAUAUACUGGGGCACCUCACCAAGCUCUGCUGCCCCCAAUGAUGGGAGGAGUUAUUGCAACCAAGCUCCUCCCACUCCACCUAGAAACGUCACAGACAGGAACAGUGGUAGCACUUUGAGUAACAACUCUUCAGGAUCAGCCAGAGAUGAGCUGGAAGAGGAGAUCAGCCCUUACUGUGAAUCUGUUUUCCAAACCAGAAGACCUCCACAGCUUACUGAGAGCAACAGAAGCAUAUCAGACAGCAGAGAGAUGAGGACCGAGGAGGAAAGACUCCCCGAGGAUCAUGGGUGUAGAUUCUCCUGGAAGAAGCGUUUGUCGCAGGUUUUUCACGCCGGAGAGGGUUACAGCACCGUGGGAGAGGCUCCGCCCCCUCCCCGCUCCCUUUCUCUGCCCCCCCAAGCCUUCCCCUUAGAGGCUGACGAUGAGCUGACAAUUUCCCCAUACGCCAGCUACACCUCCCUGACGGAGAGAGCUCCGCCCAUCAUUAGCGGCUGGCUGGAUAAGCUGUCGCCACAGGGGGGUCAGAGGUCAGCUCUGGCUGGUCGGCUGUGUCUCUUCCUCUUUGCUUCUCCAGUUAUCUCCUCUCAUUUAAAGAACUGCCUCUGCCUCAUCACCUUCCUGUCCUCCUCUUCCUCCUGUUCUUCCUCCUCUCGGAACUACGUUUUCCAAAAGCGUUUUGUGAAGUUUGAUGGGAAGAACCUGAUGUACUUUGGUGGCGAGAAGGACGUCUACCCUAAAGGAGUGAUCCCGUUGGGGGCCAUCCAGAUGGCCCGCCCAGCCAAAGACAACAAGUUUGAAAUUGUGACGAGUCAUCGAAUUUUUGUGUUUCGUACCGAAAACGAAGUGCUGAAGCGGCACUGGGUGUCCACGCUGCAGGAACACGUCAGGGAUCAACUGGUGUUUGGUCGGCACCGGUUUGGACCCGGAUCUCACUGCCAGAAACAUGGAGUCCUUGAACUGAAAGGAACCAAGUCUAAAGUGUACGCCGCCAUCAACACAGACCAGAUCUGGCUGUACAAGAGCGAACAGUGUUUUCGUAACGGAAUUGGCAUCACAGUCAUCGAAGCUCGAGGAGCGACGAUACGAGAUGGAAAGCACAGAAGUUUUGAACUCAUCACUCCCUACAAAACCUUCAGUUUCACGGCCGAGACGGACCGGGACAAGCGGGACUGGAUGGAGGCGCUGCAGGAGGCUAUUGCUGAGACCCUGUCGGAUUACGAGGUGGCAGAGAAGAUCUGGUCCAACAGAUCCAACAGGACCUGCGCCGACUGCAAGGCCCUGAACCCGGACUGGGCCUCCAUCAACCUGUGUGUGGUCAUCUGCAAGAACUGCGCAGGGCAGCACAGAAGUCUGGGGACAAUGGUCUCCAAAGUUCAGAGUCUGAAAUUGGACACCAGCGUGUGGAGCAACGAGAUCGUCCAGCUUUUCAUCAUGCUGGGGAACGAUCGGGCCAACGAUUUCUGGGCGGCCCGCCUGUCUGAGUCCGAGGAGCUGGACUGUGAUGCCUCGCCUGAACAGAGGCGGGACUUCAUCACCCAGAAGUACAGAGACGGUCGGUUUCGACUGACCCACCCGGCGUUCAGCAGUCAAGAGGAGCUGCUAAAGGUUCUGUGUGCCGCCGUCUCUGAACAGACUCUGCUGAAAACUGUCACUCAGAUUUUCUUAGAGGCGGAGUCAGUGCGCCUCGCCAACCAAUCAGACGACUCCCAGCAAGGACUCAAACACCUGGACUACCUCAGCUCCACAGAUCCCAGUGUCUACGAUGAGAUUAUGCAGCCCGUCCUUCACUCGGGUUUCCUCUACAAGGCCUUGUCCAUCAACAGGGGAACAAUGACCCGAAAAACACGAGAAGACUUCCAGAAGUUCUGGUGCACGGUGGAUCAGUUUCUGCUCCUUUAUGAGUCGGACCGAUCUGCAGAACCCUACAUGCAGAUCAGUGUGAAGGACAUCGUGUGUCUGGGCAUCAGUCGACCCGAUUCAUCCAGCAACAACAACGGAUUUAUUGAUAGGUUCCGCUACACCUUUGAGUUGUAUCUAACUUCAGAGAAACUUCAGCUGUUCGGUUUGGAGACAGCAGAUGAGCUGCACAGCUGGACCAGAGCCAUCGGACAGGCUGCGACUCCCCUCAGCUGCCACUGCCUGCUGACCAGGGAGUUUGAGCGGGUCGGGCUCCUGCGUUACCGAGCCAUGUUGGACCCUCAGCAGUGGAAGGAGGCUUAUUUUGUUCUGCAGAAGUCCAACCUGUUCAUCUGUCCCCGGAAGGAUGGAGCGGCUGAGGACAUCAUCAACCUGAACCGGCUGCAGGAGCUGAGUGUCACAUCGGAUGGAGAAAACCAUGAGAAGAAGGACGUCCUGGUGUUGGUGGAGAAGGGCAGAACCCUGCACCUGCAGGGCAUGGGUCGGACCGACUUCUCUCUGUGGUACUCAGACAUCCAGCGGGCAGCUGGAGGGAAAGGAAACACUCUGAGGGAGCAGCAGCUGAGCAGGAACAACAUCCCCAUCAUCGUGGACAGCUGCAUCGCCUUCAUCACGCAGUAUGGUCUGGGCCACGAGGGGAUCUACAGGAAAAACGGAGCAAAGUCCAGGAUCCGGCUGCUGAUGGAGGAGUUCCGUAAAGACGCUCGGAACGUCAAACUGCGGAUUGGAGACCACUUCAUCGAGGAUGUGACCGACGUUCUCAAGAGGUUCUUUCGAGAGAUCGACGACCCGAUCUUCAUGGCCGAGAUGCACCCGCUGUGGCAGGAGGCUGCCAAACUUUCUCAGAAGUUCGCCAGGUUGGACCGCUACAAAGAAAUCAUCCGGUCCCUUCCCCGGGUGAACCGGACCACUCUGGCUGCUCUCAUCAGUCACCUGUACAGGGUCCAGAAGUGUGCCGACCUGAACCAGAUGUGCACCAAGAACCUGUCGCUGCUGUUCGCCCCGAGCUUGUUCCAGACAGACGGGAAAGGAGAACAUGAGGUGAAGAUUGUGGAGGACCUGAUCGAUAACUACCUGUACGUCUUCGAGAUCGAUGAAGAUCAUCAGACUCAGAUCGAGCUGGAAAUCAGCCUCAUCACCAGCUGGAAGGACACACAGCUGUCUCAGGCCGGUGAUCUCAUCAUUGAAGUUUAUCUGGAGAUGAAGAUCCCCGACUGCUGCAUCACUCUGAAGGUGUCUCCCACUAUGUGUGCCGAGGAGCUGACCAAUCAGGUUCUGUACAUGAGGAACAUCCCGGCCGGAGACAAAGACAUCUGGAUGACCUUUGAAGCCAUCGAGGAUGGACAGCUGGAGCGACCUUUACACCCCAAAGAGAAGGUUCUGGAGCAGGCGCUGCAGUGGUGUAAGAUGGCCGACCCAAGCUCCGCCUACCUGGUGGUGAAGAAGGUUCCUAAAGGAGAAGGCAUCAACAUCCUCACCUCCUAUAUGAGUGAGAUCAUGAAGGUCGGCCUGUUGAGGUGUCGAGAAGAACCUCCGAAGCUCCUUCAGGGAACCAGGUUCCAGGAGAGAACGUUCCAGAUCCGAGAUCACAAACUUCUGCUGCUCAAAGACAAGAAGAGUAUCAAACCGGAGAAGGAGUGGCCUUUGAAGUCCAUGAAGAUCUACAUCGGGAUCCGCAAGAAGUUGAAGGCUCCGAGCAGGUGGGGGUUCACGGUGAUGUCGGACAAACACCAGCUGUUCCUGUGCUGCAGUUCUGAGGCUGAGAUGUGGGACUGGGUCACCAGCUUCCUGAAGGCCCAGAACACUGACCCAGGUCCUGCCGUGCUGCGGCGCCACUCCUCGUCGGACCUCUCCAAGCAGAAGUUCGGCACAAUGCCGCUGGUUCCGAUCCGAGGAGAUGAGAGCAACAGCAGCAUGUUGUCAGCCAACCAGACACUGAGGAAACUUCACGACCGGAGGACCCUCUCCAUGUACUUUCCCAUGAAAGUCCAGCAGGACUCGUUUGAGGAGAGGUCCGAGUCUCCGGACCUGCCCGAGCCGCUUUACGAGGAGGUCGGUGACUUCGGUCUGCAGGUUCUAAAGUCUUUGGAGACCAGCUUCAGAUCCAGCAGAGCCGCAGAGACCCAGGAGGUCCCGGACCAGCUACAACUAAGACUGGUCCUGUCAGAAACGGGACAUCUGGAGCAAAUGGUGGUCCCAGAGGACGUCCAGCCAGACAGCGGCGUUGAGGAGACUCCGGAGCCGGGCAGCAACGGAGAAGGAGCGGUGAAAGAGAGGCAGCAGCUUUCACAGCAGCUCCUCCUGCAGGAGCUGUCGUCUGCCUUCACCAAGAAGAUUGAGGAGGAGGAGGAGAGGCUGUAUGACGUCUGA